AUGGCCAGGGACUAUGAUUACCUAUUCAAGCUGCUCAUCAUCGGUGAUAGUGGUAAGCGAAUACCGGGGAUGCGUGACGGGAAAUGGGCCUCCAGGUUUUUACACAAUGAGUCGCAGAAAAGUAGGUCGAGGUUCCUAGCGUGAAUUUGGACUAAUUUUUAAGUGAACGUCUACGUUACUAUGUGUAGUUUUUAAAAUGCACAUCAAUAUUUUCGAGCAAUGACACUAGCGCAUCGCAGGGCAUGUCAGCCGAUCAGGCCAGAUAUUGCUCGCUGCACGAUAGCUUCUAGUACUGCCACACUGCACUGGGACGAAUUCCAUCCAUUGAAAUAUUUGUUUUUGUUAUUUGUCGGGAUAUUUACCUAACUAGCUAUUAUGGUGUUGCAAGUAUGAACAUUGUAGUUCAACAUUUGACUUAUUUCUUACAACUAGCCAAGUGUUGUUAGCAUGCUAGCUAACUAGCCAGUCAACGUUAACUAUUGGAUCGUAUUUGUUUUGUUAGCCCAGGAGCUAGAAAACUAGCCUCCCUUGAGUUGACAACCAGCUACUCCGGGGUGCUGGCUAGUUAACUAGGUAACGUUAGGUGGUUUGUCAAUGUAGUUAGAAUUUUUUUUUCGUUUCUGCAGCAUGUUCCCUGUGUGAAGGAAUGUUAACUAUAGCUAACUAGCAAUAUUUAUGUGAUACUGAUUGCAUCAAGUGCAGCGUUGUUUACAGUGAGCCUUGAAUGAUUUCUAGAUGAUACCCUAGCUUGGGGCCUAACGUUUGUAGACCAAUGAGGAAGGAAUUGAAAUUGUUUCCUAUCAAGAUCCAACUAAUGCCUGAAUUCCAGAAUAUAAGGUAUAUUAAGAACCAUACUACCACUUCAUUUGCAGUUUUUUUCCACCAUGUUCAUUUUAAUUCUAAAGACUGUUGCAUUCAUGUGAAAGGAAAUCUACACUAACAUUGCAUUUCCAAGUCCACAAUCCCUUUGUCGGUAAAGAUCCUUGCAGCCAUUGACACUGCCAGUCCUGGCACUACCCCAUCAGCUGGCUGAUCACAAUAGUGGGCAAGACAGCAGCCCUUUUACUACCACAGACACAGAGGGCCCUGUGUCCCCUCGGCUGCAGUCUGGAACCAGUAUUGGUACCACUUUUAUGAGAUUCAGGGAAGACUUAAACCAAUGCUCAAAUGCUAGUCCUCCUCCCCCCCUCGUCUCACACAGCCUAAACAUUCAAUUGCUGCAAAGAUUGAUCUGACAUACAGGGUUUAGGAGCUCUGAUCAAGGGUACCUUUCUGCUCCUCUUGGUCCCUCUGCAGGUAAUUGGUCAAGGAAAACCAGUAUUUGGACUGACAGAGGUCCACCUCACCUGUAGCUGGUGUUUUUGCAUGAUAACAAAGCAGAAAUCGACUGGCACCCACCCAGGCGACUGUGCCUCACCUUUGUUACCUGGCCAAAAGAUAGUACUGAGGAUUUGAAUGAUGUACUGUAUUUUGUGGCUUUUGCUUAUCAUUGCCCUGGACACAGUUGUGAGCAGGCAAUGGCCUAUAUCUUCACCACAGGUUCCUAUAUGACAGCUAAGUACUCCUUCACAGACAGGGCUGCACUGAUACGUCUUCCCAAGUAUCACAGGGCUGUUUUACCAGUCAGACCAGAUAUGGACAUGCCUGGUACCAGAGCUUCAACGGGUUUCCCCUCGACUUACCCAGUCAUUGAUUAUCAUUCACUCUUAUCAAGACUGACUGAUGGGGCUGGGAUGAUACCAGUAUUGCAAUAUUUUUUUGCCAACAUGAAGCAGACAAUCUUUGGUCCUUUAAAAACUGCUGUAUGUAAAAUGUGUGUGCUAUAGCUUGGAAAAUAAAUACAUGUGACUCUGGAUGACAACAUAAUGUUUGUUUCCAACAUUAGGGCUGUUUUCUUAAAGAAGUUAAAUCCGCUUUGUGUUUUGUUUCCUUGCCAUAAUAUUAACGAGCAUCGCGAUACUGGUAUCGUUCCGGCCCUGCUGACUGACUAGACUGUCCAGUCCAUCAUUCAAAACAAAGAUUGGUUUUCCUGGCAUAUGACAGGGCCUGAUUUAAAAGAUGAUAAUGAUAUAGCCUAUAUAGUGAUCUGGUUCUGCUUUGUCUGGGUAGCUGGUAGAGCAUGACAGAACUCUUAUUAUCCUCCUGAUUGGACAUCAACAGGGAGGAAUGUGUGAUGCAGUAGAGCACUGGGAUUCCCCAGAUGCUCUGUCUGUGUGAAUGUUAGGCUUAUGUGGUUGUUAGUGGCCUGAUAGGUGACAGUAUUGUUAAAAGGAUGUUCCACCCACGUAAAGAACACUAUCUCUGUUUCUUGUAGCUGUAAGUAAUGUUGAGUCUGGUGAAAGAACAAGACUCCAGAGAUCAGUGAGUGAUCAGAGGGAUUUGUUUUCUGAUUGGCUUUUAACUCGGGACCAAUCAACUGCAGCCAGACACGAUCACAUUACCUUCAGCUAGCAACUGAUCUGAGCUGUUAGUCCCUCCUCCUGGACUCACAGUUCAGCGCUGACUUUUUGGCCAACUCACCUGACGGUUAGCUAGCCACCUGUCUGUGCCUCUUGGGGAAUUCGCUGAAUGUGUUACUUCAUUGCUUAUUGGUGCACAGUACAAAGUUAUUUGCGAAACAGUCCCAGGAUGUUAUGAUCUGUACCUGACCUGCAUCAUUUGUAUCAAACCUUCUCCUCAGUAUUAUUGUGAUCUUUAACCUACUAAAGGUUAUGCAGAGUUCAGUUAUCACUGUCCUUAUACAAAGGCUACGCUAGGUAACAUGUAUUUGUCUGAGUGCAUGCAUUCAAGGGCUGGCUGACUGAGCUAAUUUACCUAUACUAAAGAGGUCAGGAGACACACCAGCCUAGUUUUAGGUGGUUAUGGUCCUCUUAUUCUUCCUGGCUCUUUCAUGAUUAGAGAGAAAAACCUGUGGAGAUCUGUUAACUCCUUGGUGGCACAGUGGCAAGCAUAUGUUUACAAAACAACCCGAAGUCAGAUAAAUCAAUCUUCCUUCAAGUUAGCUUACUUAUACAAACCUCUGUGUAGCUUAAAUGUCAUAAUUAAAGGGUGGUAAGAAAUCGAAUCUCCUGCCUAGCUUGUUGUGAGCCUUUUUAACCUGACUCAACCUGUCCUUUUCUCUCCAUUUCAGGAGUGGGGAAGAGCAGUCUCCUCCUGCGGUUUGCAGACAACACUUUUUCAGGUAAGAGUAAAUGUUACUCCUAACCCCCCUAGCAGGUUAUGGGUCAUUUGGUCUGUUGCAUUUUAACAACUGUCCAACUCGCACUAUUGCGAGUAUUUGCCUUGCAAAUCAAACACUGUGUCUUAUAACCUGUUGGCAGGUAGCUACAUCACCACAAUUGGAGUGGACUUCAAGAUCCGGACAGUGGUGAUCAAUGGGGAGAAGGUGAAGCUGCAGAUCUGGGAUACGGCAGGACAGGAGCGCUUCCGCACCAUCACCUCCACGUAAGUACAGGCAGAGGCAACACUCACUUUCACACUGGGCUGUUAGCAACACUCACUUUCACACUGGGCUGUUAGCAACACUCACUUUCACACUGGGCUGUUAGCGACACUCACUUUCACACUGGGCUGUUAGCAAGACUCACUUUCACACUGGGCUGUUAGCAACACUCACUUUCACACUGGGCUGUUAGCAACACUCACUUUCACACUGGGCUGUUAGCAACACUCACUUUCACACUGGGCUGUUAGCAAGACUCACUUUCACACUGGGCUGUUAGCAAGACUGACUUUCACUUUCACACUGGGCUGUUAGCAAGACUGACUUUCACUUUCACACUGGGCUGUUAGCAAGACUGACUUUCACUUUCACACUGGGCUGUUAGCAAGACUGACUUUCACACUGGGCUGUUAGCAAGACUGACUUUCACUUUCACACUGGGCUGUUAGCAAGACUGACUUUCACUUUCACACUGGGCUGUUAGCAAGACUGACUUUCACUUUCACACUGGGCUGUUAGCAAGACUGACUUUCACUUUCACACUGGGCUGUUAGCAAGACUGACUUUCACUUUCACACUGGGCUGUUAGCAAGACUGACUUUCACUUUCACACUGGGCUGUUAGCAAGACUGACUUUCACUUUCACACUGGGCUGUUAGCAAGACUCAUGUGUCCCAUUAACCACACAACAUUCAAACACAUGUCAGCUGAUAUUUAGGGGAUAUUUUACGAGGCCAGCCUUUCAAGAUAGUUUGAGCAAGUACUUCAAAGACAUCUAGAAUAACUUCCAUGCUCUUUUUGGAAACUGAUGGAAUUCCCCACAGAGCCUAAUUACAGAUUUUAGUAACAGGUGGGUUUUAGUCACACAGAAUUAUAGGACAGUAAAGAUUGGAGCUCAAUGCCUCUCUCACUUGGGUGUCAUCCCCAUGGAUUUGCUUCACCUUGUUUUAUGUACAUCAUUUGUUCCAAUGGAAAUUCAUUUUUUCCUUUUCUUGUCCUUGCCCUCACUCUCCAAAUGUUCACAUUUUCUGUCCGUUGCGUACCAUGGCUGCAUGUUUGCCAGAUAAUUCCUCCUGUGCAGUGUGGAGCCUAGGUUUCUUGGGACACCGGUAUUGAGCCGGCUGUCAGAGGGAUCAUACAUUUUUCUCGUAAUGUGCCAAGUGGAAUAUGGUCACGUCAUUGCCUUUUUUCAAUUGUGGCACAAAUUACAAGUAAAAACAGAAUUGGAAGACAUUCCUCUCUGAAUUCAUAUUCGUUUUUGAACUAUGGCUGGUAUCUUCUCUCAAGCGAGUACUUCCUAAGCUGAAGUGGAUGAGAGAGAGUGUCCAGCCAUUCUCCUCUCUGUCAUGAGAAAUAUGUGUAGUGAUGAGUAGUCCGUGUUCCUGAACAAGAAUGCCGUCACUCAGGAGGGUGGACUAAAGGUCUGUGAGCUAGUCCGCAUUACAGCACCUAACAACCAUCUGACAUGGACAGCACAGCGUAUAAAAACCAUUACCCCUUUGGACUUUGACAAGGACUGUACAGAACGUUGAUACUGUUUGGCUUUGAUUGCCUGGGACUAUGAAAGUGUGGAGAAAUUAGAAACCUUGCCGCUUUGGCCAUUCACUCAAUAAAAAUAAAUUUUAAAAAGGUGUUCAGAAAGGGAGGCAUUCGAACCUGUGGAUUUUUCCACAAGUCCCCUCUGGAAAAUAUGGUGAUUUUCCCCUCAAACAGAUCUGCUGGUUUUCCUGUGGAAUACCUCCUACAAGUCUACAAAAUGGAGUCGGUGUGUCUGCUGCAGAGCUGAGGAAACCUGGCUGGCUGUGUGAGGAGGGAGGUGGCGAGUGCUGCCUGGUUGUUUUUGCUGAUUAAUUGUGGAGAAGUAGUGGCAUGGUGCCUCAUUAGGCCUAAGUGAAUUUCAGGAUCGGGAUGGCUCACAGAGCCCUCCGUGCUGGAGUGGGGAAACCCCACCUCCGUUAGUCGGUGGUCAGCCCAGCCAGGCUGUGUUUAACCAUAUGUCUGUCUUUCAGUCAGUCACAGUCCAUAGCUGCCAUAUGUCUGUCUGAAUAUGUGUCUUUGUAGUGGACAGCAGCCUGUGUGUGUGUGGUGGAGGGAGGGACUGGGAGUCUUGCCCCUGUGCCUGCUGCGUGUUUGUGGUUCUCCAUUCAUAUGUGCAGAACGCCCCCGCUGACUGGUCCGUUACUGCUGGGCUGUGACAGACAACGCUUCUGUCAGGCCAAUGCAAUCUCACACACACACACACACACACACACACACACAGCCCUUUGAAAGGCGUAUUGUGUGUGGUGCAUUGCAGUCAGAUAGGGGAUGCGCCCUCUCUUUGGGGGGGGGGCUGCAGGUUUUCAUGAAUACUGUGACUGUCCUCUACUUGCAUCUCUGCCUUUCCCCUCCAUGUACAUCUGUCAUAUUCCUGUGAUAAGCAUCCGCUCCCGUUUCCUGCCGACUGCUGCCCUGCCCUGCCUCAGAGACACACCACUUCCUGCUCUCAUAUUUUCAGGAACAGUAAUAGGGAUUAUUGAACUCCGAGCGGCAUGUGGAGUCGGUGUAUAUGUAAUACGCUUUCAGUUCAUUUUGGCUGUUGCAGGGUGACGAAAGGAAAUACAGUAUUGUUAUAUUGUGCCAUUUAUUGGAAUCGGUUUGCGUCAGUGGCAGGUGGUCCCUAUCCCCAAUUUCAUUCAGCCGUGGGACGAGUCGUUCCUUGAGCGGAUGGUCAUGGGCCGGAACAUAGUUCUAAAUCAAUUGUACACUGCAAAUUGACCGCAAGAUUUGAUUUGAUUUGAAGAACAGAUAUAGUAUUUGACAAAAAAACAGAAUAAUUUCAAACCUUAAUUACAUUGGGAUACGAUCACAUAUGCCUCUCUAUUUAUGCGUGGGAAUACUUGAACAGAUUUUCUAAAUUAAAAUCACUUUGAGCUCAUUUACUGGUGAUUUUUAGUCUUAUGUCCAAGAACAAAUUGUGUGUGUAUAUAUAAUAAAUAAAUAAAAAACAUUAAACUUAGGGUAAAUAAAAUCGCAGAAUAUGGCCUGCGGGCCAUCUAUUGGGGGAACCCUGGUCUGGGAUCAUAAGGAAGCAUUUCUACUUCAUGUGAGCAUGGGCAGUCCUGGGCUCAUUUGUCUUCAAUCAUACUUUUUGCUUUGUUAACAUCAGUUUGUUGGGAUUGAUUGAACAUCUCAUGUGUGUUUGUGUAAUACAGGUAAUUGCAAAAAUUGAGGAACACCAACAAAGUGUCUUAAUAGGGUGUUGGGCCACUAGAACAGCUUCAGUGUGCCUUGGUAUAGAUUCUACAGGGGUCUGGAGCACUAUUGGAGGGAUGGAACACCAGUCUUCCAAGAGAAAUUCCAUCAUUUGGUGGUGAUGGUGGAAAAUGCUGUCUCAGGCGCCGCUCCAGAAUCUCCCAUAAGUGUUCAAUUGGGUUGAUCUGGUGACACACACACCCUUUAAACCCCCUAUGCUUCUUUGUGACCCCCCUUUCAAAGUCACUGAGAUCUCUUCUAGCCAUGGUAGGCAAAAUGAUGGGCAACUGGGCAUCUUUUAUAUAUUACCCUAAACAUGAUGUGAUGUUAAUUGCUUCAUUAACUCAGGAACCACAGCUUUUUGGAAGAACCUGUUUUCAAAAUACUCUGUGUCCCUCAUUUAUUGAAGUGUUUCCUUUAUUUUGGCAGUUACCUGUAGUUUGACUCUGUUCUCUCUGAGUUGGGCUCCCCCUAGUGGACAUGAAAUGUAAAUCAAAAUGCUGACAGCUCUCUCGCUCUCUUUCUCUCUGUCUCCAGAUACUACCGGGGAACACAUGGGGUCAUAGUGGUAUAUGAUGUCACGAGUGCGGAGUCUUUUGUCAAUGUGAAACGAUGGCUACAUGAAAUCAACCAGAACUGUGAUGAUGUCUGUCGAAUAUUAGGUGAGUCCAGUCCACCUGUUUCAAAGACCUUUACCCAGUGCAGUGUUGUUGCAUCAGGGACCCUUGUAAAGGGCCUUAUGAAAUCCGUGUUGCGGGUGGAAUCCAGACAUUAAAACAGAAUAUUCAAAGAUGUGAUUAAGUUAGUAGAACAUUAAUUAGGUUUUUUGAAGUAAUUAGAAAAAUGUAUUAAUUUGCACGUUUCACCCUGUCUGCGUGUGUGGGGUUCACACGUUUCUUACUUUUUGCAUUGACAUGGACUCAGAACAUCCAAUUUAUUUGUUUCUAAAACAAAUAAAAAGUUACUUUUGAGAGUUGAAAAACAGAAAAAAAUCUGAAAAGAGGAAUUUGGGAAAAUGCUAAAUGGAAUUUGGGAAAAAAUAAAAUACUUUAUGGUCCCUACUUGGUGUUGAGAAAGCUCAAAUGGUCUUCCUAUUCGUAUUGUCCCUCAGUGGGAAACAAGAACGAUGACCCCAACUCAAAGGUGGUGGAGACGACUGACGCACAGAAGUUUGCAGAGCAGAUGAGCAUCAACCUCUUUGAGACGAGUGCGAAAGAGAACAUCAAUGUUGAAGAGGUAAGUCAUUGGUCAGGGGCCCUCCGAUAAUACUAGGGGAAAGUUGAGGGGGUAGAGUUGUGCAUGGGACAUGGGGAAGAAAACAAGCUCUCAUCCUAAAAUGUUAUAGUUGAUUGUGUUCACCAUGUUUUGUGUUUUCCCCACAGAUGUUUAACUGCAUCACAGAGUUAGUGCUAAGAGCCAAGAAGGAGGUGCUGGCCAAGCAGCAGCAGCAGCAACAGAACGACGUGGUCAAACUCUCCAAGAACAGUAAACGAAAGAAAAAGUGCUGCUAG